UCUCACUAGGCUCCAAAUCAGAGAUGCUGGAGUCCUUCAGCACGGACUUUGGCAAGAGAUACCACAUCGAGAUGAAGGAUGCGGAGCUAUUGCAGCUUCUCCUAAACUCGCACAUCAUCUUCAAUGCUUCAGCUCUCAGAGACAACGUCACGGACUUUGCUUCCGGAUGCAGGGACUUCCUUAACGACACUGUCAGGGGAACCAACCAGACGAUCCAUGGCUACCUGAAUAUGUUACCGGCAGGUUACUCAGGUUCCCAUGAUACCGAUGUUUGUUUUCAGCCGCAUUACAGUAAUGAGACGUAUGUUCUGGAGAGCACAGGCGAGGUGGAUGAUACCUUGUCUAUAGUCGCGCACAAGUUACAUUACUGUAGCGUAUCCAUUCUUACGCUGCUAGUUAUUAUUCUGCUUCUGAAACUUAUCUGCUUUGGGAGGAGAUUUUUCAAGGAACGAAUGUUGGUUUUUGAUGGGUUGAUUACCAUUAUUUCCUUCGUGCUUGACAUCGUGUUUAUGAAUGGGGUGACUGCUUUCUCAGAAGAACAGUUUGUGAUCAUUUUGACACUUCUGUUUCCAUGGAGAGUUAUUCGAAUUCUCAACA